CCUAGGAACUACAUUAUCCAGCACUCCAACCCUGUGUUGCAUGGACGAAAGGUGUCUAUAUUGUUAAGUGCAAACGUUUGCGUGUGUAAAGUCGUCAAAAUUGAACGAAUACAUCUCCGAACCCGGAGAAAAGCUUCUAAAGCUCUCCAAAAUAUAGAGAUGGUGAUGGCGAAUAGAAAUUCGGAGGAUUUUCGCAAUGGUCGUCGAUCGCGAGGUGCAAGCCCUCAUUCUGACGAUAGCAGCGGAGACGAUUCUGACCAUGAAAAUGGAAUGCGGAUUGGAGAGGAAUACCAAGCUGUUGUGCCGGAUAUGUGUCCAGAGAUGCGAACAGAGUCUAGAGUGGAAGCCAUGUUGGUGUGGGCCCCUACUGGAGACUUGCCUGAAAUUAAAGUUGAUGAAUACAUCAACAUUGCCAAAGAGAAGCAUGGCUACAACACAGAACAGGCCCUAGGCAUGUUGUUCUGGCACAAACACAAUGUUGAGAGAGCUCUGUCCGAUCUGGCAAACUUCACUCCCUUUCCUGAUGAAUGGACAGUAGAAGACAAAGUACUUUUUGAGCAAGCAUUUAGUUUCCAUGGGAAAAGUUUUCAUCGGAUAAGGCAAAUGCUACCUGACAAGUCUAUAGCCAGUCUGGUGAAAUAUUAUUACUCAUGGAAGAAGACACGGUCACGGACCAGUCUGAUGGAUCGCCAGGCAAAGAAGCUAGCCAGUCAGAGGGAUGGGGACAGUGAUGCAUCUGAUGAAGGCAGUAAGAGUGACAGCGAGACAGAUAACAAGGAGAACGGGAAAGUGGAGAAGGAUCACUGUGGGAACUGCAAGCUGAAGACCUCCCAGCUGCACGUGACACCCAAGGGCUCGCUGUGUAACAUUUGCUAUCAGUAUUGGAGACGAUCUGGUGUGAUGAGGCCGCAAGGUUUAAAACGUCAUGAAAGUCAACACACAGGCCGGGCACAUCCACUGAAACACAAGCGGAAGCCCCCCCGAGGGAUGCAUUUGACGUAUGAUGAUCUGAUGUCGAUGGUCAACGGACCAGCACCCCAGGCAGAGGCUGUCCUCAAGUCACUAGAUUCGGAGCUUGUCGCACUCAAACGACAGGUAACAAUCGUACAAAACAACAAACAGAUGUUAAGUUUACAAAAGCACAAACUGUCUGAUGGAAUAGACAAGUUCAAGUCUCAAGAGCUCAAUCAGAAGAUCAAUGCAAGAUGGACAAAUGAGGAAUUACUACUUGCUGUGCAAGGAGUGCGGAAGUAUGGCAAGGACUUCAAAGCAAUAGCUGAAGUAAUUGGGAACAAAUUAGAAGCUCAUGUUCGUAGUUUCUUCGUGAAUUUCCGGAGGCGCUACAACCUGGAUGAAGUAUUGGCAGAGUAUGAAGCUGAGCAUGGCAUGGAGAGCACCACCAACAUAGAAGAAGAGGAGAAAGAAACAGAGAAGAUGGAUGUGGAUAAGCCAGUAGAAGCUACCCAAUCAAAUGGUGGAGCUGUGAACAACACCGCCUCAUCUGGAGCCCCGCCCCCACUCCUGAAGCAGCCCCCACCCGCAGCAGUUCCUGCAGUCAACAACCGCAGCUCCCCCCAGUCACAGACUCACAGGUUACUUCCUCAGAAGACGACCAUAUUACAACAGCCCCCUCCACUGAUCCGCCCUGCCUCCAGCAAGCCAAGCAUCAUGACACCAUCUUCCGGAUCCACCCGAGAUUGAGCUUCAUCCUCAUGUCAUAACAGAACAUUUCUAGCUCACAAGGCCUGGCUUAACUGAAUUCUGUGCAUUAUGUAUCGUCCAUCACAUGAUCUGUAUCACAUCACAGCUCAAUCAAGUGUCCUGAAAUUUGACUGGAUGUUCUUUGGCAUGGAAACGGUUCAAACGUACCCAGCAACUCUAGUUCCAGAGGCUGCCUUAAAAACCCAACAGCCUUUUUGGAGUUACCAGCCUGUUUUGACAUUUAAGUGGACAUACUGAAGUCAGGCUGGCCUUCUGGGCCUCAAUUCAUCAAUAGAAGUAGCAAUCGCCAUGAAAAGUUGUAAUGGAUUUGCCAACAAUGCAGAUACUCCUACAACAUGUACAACAUGGACUGUACAGUACUGUACAUACCAAAGUGACAUCUUCUGGUGUGUAAGCCUGUGGUACAGAUGGUGGUAUUCACUACUUAACUGUACAAUGAUAUUGUGAUGUGAGCAAGUCUCUCACCAACUUGAUGGUGAGGUUCCACAUUCCUAGUCUUAUAGAUAUAUCUUCUCCUUGAGCUAUCAAACAAUGUUUCUUGUCAAUGGUGGUGUUUUGAUUACAUAACCUGGUUACUGGUUACCACAUUUUUCAUCAUUUUGUUUGCAGGUCAGUUUUUAUAUUUGUAGUAAUAAGUUACUAAUGAACUCAUGUCUCCUUCAGCUGAUGGCUUUGUGUACGUCAUAUUUAGAGAUGGUAUAAUUCAUAGCAUGUGUAAAAUUGAAAAUUACCUGGUUAAAUUCUUUUUCUCAUUCUUUUAGGUUAUGUUGUACCUUUGUGUGAAAAUCCGACCGACUGAUAAAUGCUUUUUGUAAAUGGUAUGUAAAUAUUUGGAAACACUUACAAGUUUACUACUUAAGGUCUACAAACAAAUGCAUAUGUAUGCUGUGAAGUUGAACUUGAAGUAACACUUUGCUACAGUAAUUUUUUUCAUGAACAUGCUAGUAAUCGGGUACUUAAGUCAAGAAGUACAACAUAUUUUGCUCAAGAUUUAGUCAAAUCACCUUAGAAACCUGGCUGUUAUGUAUCAUCAGUCAUUUCCUGGAGUGGUGAGGUAGCCAGGCGGUAAAGGAGUUGCUUAUCACACAAAAAAACAGGUUCCCCACGUUGGUAUAUUAUGGGAAUCCAUUCAGUGGUGUGAUAUUGCUGUACCAUUACUAAAAAAAACUGUCUACUGUCAUUCUUCAUCAUGUUCCAUGUUCUCCUGCACGAGGAUGAUAUAGUGUUGUAUGCUGCAGUUCACUUGCUGUAAUGUCCUGCCUAGCAGUGUAAUGUAUGCCUGUGUUGAAUGUAAAGGGUAAAACUCCCAAUCACCUCUCAUCUCAUGUCACUUGUCAUCAUUGUAUAUAUGGAACGAUUUAAGUUAUUGAAACUCCAGAUUAAGCAUUGAAGAUGUUGAAUAUUAAUUUUCUAACAUGUUUAGUUGGUAGUGAAUGAAGUUUUUGCAUUUUAUACCAUUGAACUUUUCUUCUUUUUUUUUUGAAGUGAUCUUUUGUAAUACAAAUAUUUGAGUUAAUAAGGACUGUUGAUGUCAGUCGGAGAUACUUGAGUUGUUUCAAAACAUCAAAAUUGUCAUGCAAUAAAAUUUGUGUAUAAAAAAUCU